AAAGGACUGGGGAUGGGGGUCUAGCGCUAUGAUGACAGUCUCUGGGAAAGGAAGGGGGUUGACUAGGAACCAGAAUUACAAGUAUCAGGAAAGGGGGUACAUCCUCUAGUUUGAAAGAAGACAGGAGAGGUUCAUUGGUUAGGGAAACCUAGGUACAGGAGAUUAGGGGCAAAAUUAAUAACUAAUAGGGUAAAACAAAACUUAGUGCUAAAUUGUAGAGAUAGUAAAAUGAGGGGACCGGGUGCUCUACUAUUUUCUGGGAAAGGAAAGGCCAUGGAGAAUCCAAAGACCCAUAAGAAGUGAUAAGAUCAAUGGAGAAAUUCAGGAGAUAAAAAGGGGAAUGCAGGUAGUGAGGAAUGGCAGAUGUCAGGAUUGGUAGUUAUGAGUUUUAGGUUGAAGCACAGUAUGAACUUGGAUUGGAUUUUGUGGUGCUCUAUGCCCAGGUCUCUGUGGCUGGGCUGCUCCAGCCUGGCGGACAGCAUGCCUUCGCUGCGAUGCCUGUAUAACCCAGGGACUGGCGCACUCACAGCUUUCCAGAAUUCCUCAGAGAGAGAAGACUGUAAUAAUGGCGAACCCCCUAGGAAGAUAAUACCAGAGAAGAAUUCACUUAGACAGACCUACAACAGCUGUGCCAGACUCUGCUUAAAUCAAGAGACAGUAUGUCUAGCAAGCACUGCUAUGAAGACUGAAAAUUGUGUGGCCAAAACAAAACUUGCCAAUGGCACUUCCAGUAUGAUUGUGCCCAAGCAACGGAAACUCUCGGCAAGCUAUGAGAAGGAAAAGGAACUGUGUGUCAAAUAUUUUGAGCAGUGGUCAGAGUCCGAUCAAGUGGAAUUUGUGGAACAUCUUAUAUCCCAAAUGUGUCAUUACCAACAUGGGCACAUAAACUCGUAUCUUAAACCUAUGUUGCAGAGGGAUUUCAUAACUGCUCUGCCAGCUCGGGGUUUAGAUCACAUCGCUGAGAACAUUCUGUCAUACCUGGAUGCCAAAUCACUAUGUGCUGCUGAACUUGUGUGCAAGGAAUGGUACCGAGUGACAUCUGAUGGCAUGUUAUGGAAGAAGCUCAUCGAGAGAAUGGUCAGGACAGAUUCUCUGUGGAGAGGCCUGGCAGAACGAAGAGGGUGGGGACAGUAUUUAUUCAAAAACAAACCUCCUGAUGGGAAUGCUCCUCCCAACUCUUUUUAUAGAGCACUUUAUCCUAAAAUCAUACAAGAUAUUGAGACAAUAGAAUCUAAUUGGAGAUGUGGAAGACAUAGCUUACAGAGAAUCCACUGCCGAAGUGAAACAAGCAAAGGAGUUUAUUGUUUACAGUAUGAUGAUCAGAAGAUAGUAAGCGGCCUUCGAGACAAUACAAUCAAGAUCUGGGAUAAAAGCACAUUGGAAUGCAAGCGAAUUCUCACAGGCCACACAGGUUCUGUCCUGUGUCUCCAGUAUGACGAGAGGGUGAUCAUAACUGGAUCAUCGGAUUCCACAGUCAGGGUGUGGGAUGUAAAUACAGGUGAAAUGCUAAACACAUUGAUUCACCAUUGUGAAGCAGUUCUGCACUUGCGUUUCAAUAAUGGCAUGAUGGUGACCUGUUCCAAAGACCGUUCCAUUGCGGUGUGGGAUAUGGCCUCCCCAACUGACAUCACCCUCAGGAGGGUGCUUGUUGGACACCGAGCUGCAGUCAAUGUCGUAGACUUUGAUGACAAGUACAUCGUUUCUGCAUCUGGGGAUAGGACUAUAAAGGUAUGGAACACAAGUACUUGUGAAUUUGUAAGGACCUUAAAUGGACACAAACGUGGAAUCGCCUGUUUGCAGUACAGAGACAGGCUAGUCGUGAGUGGCUCAUCUGACAACACUAUCAGAUUGUGGGACAUAGAAUGUGGUGCAUGCUUACGAGUGUUAGAAGGCCAUGAGGAAUUGGUGCGCUGUAUUCGAUUCGAUAACAAGAGGAUAGUCAGUGGAGCCUAUGAUGGAAAAAUUAAGGUGUGGGAUCUUGUAGCUGCUUUGGACCCCCGUGCUCCUGCAGGAACUCUCUGUCUACGGACCCUUGUGGAGCAUUCUGGAAGAGUUUUCCGACUCCAGUUUGAUGAAUUCCAGAUUGUCAGUAGUUCACAUGAUGACACAAUUCUCAUCUGGGACUUCCUAAAUGAUCCAGCUGCCCAAGCUGAACCCCCCCGCUCCCCUUCUCGAACAUACACCUAUAUCUCCAGAUAAAUAAUCAUACACUGACCUCAGACUUGCCCAGGACUCAUUAAAGUUGCGGUAUUUAACGUACCUGCCAAUACCAGGAUGAGCAACAACAGUAACAAUCAAACUACCACCCACUUUCCCCGGACUAGCCGAGGAGCGGGGCUUUAAGACUCCUGUUGGGACACAGCUGGUCUGCAGUCGACCCAGGAUGGUUUACUCAGCACAGCUGACUGCUUCCAUGCUGCUAUCAGAAGAUGUCUUCUAUCUUUUGUGAAUGAUUGGAACUUUUAAACCCCACCUCCCCUCCUUCUUUCCUCCUGCACAUGUUUUUUCCUCAUUUGGUUCCAGACAGAGAUGACAUAAAUAUAUUUAGUGUUUUGCCAGAA